CGCAACCCGAAGAAGCAUACAAACACAGCAAGCGGCAUUAUUUUUGUUAUUUGCUAAAAUUACAAAAUAUAUAAAUACUUUAAGCAAAGCUGUCAACAAAAUACGUAAACAAAUAAUUUCGCUCAGCUAACAGAGGAGAGUCAUCCAUGUUAAAAAUGGAGUACAACAGCUCGCAGGCCAGCGGCCACCUGGACCGGAUCAUCAAGUCCCUGAAGUCCUCCACCAUGAUAUGCGAGGGCACCCAGUUCGAUGGCAAGCUGCCGCACACCUUUGUCGUCUUUGGCGCCUCGGGCGAUCUGGCCAAGAAGAAAAUCUAUCCGACAUUAUGGUGGCUAUAUCGCGACGAUCUGCUGCCCAAGCCGACCAAAAUUUGCGGCUAUGCGCGCUCCAAGCUGACCCUCGACGAACUCAAGGCCCAAUGUCACACAUACAUGAAGGUGCAAGCCGAUGAGCAGGCGAAGUAUGAUGAAUUCUGGAGCCUGAACGACUAUGUGGCCGGUCCGUAUGAUACAACCGGUGGCUAUCAGCUGCUCAACAAGCAGCUGGAGAAGAUUGAGAACAGAUGCAAGGCGAAUCGCAUCUUCUACUUGGCCCUGCCGCCGACAGUCUACAACCAGGUGACGCUGAACAUCAAGAACAUUUGCAUGUCCACGCGCGGCUGGAAUCGCGUGAUCGUGGAGAAGCCGUUCGGACGGGACGAUGUCAGCUCGAAGGCGCUGAGCGAUCAUUUGGCCAGUUUGUUCGAGGAGGAGCAACUGUAUCGCAUCGAUCACUAUUUGGGCAAGGAGAUGGUCCAGAAUCUGAUGACAAUACGCUUCGGCAACAAGAUACUCAGCUCGACCUGGAACCGGGAGAACAUCGCCUCCGUGCUGAUAACAUUCAAGGAGCCAUUCGGCACCCAGGGACGCGGCGGCUAUUUCGAUGAGUUCGGGAUAAUACGCGACGUCAUGCAGAAUCAUCUGCUGCAGAUCCUGUCGCUGGUGGCCAUGGAGAAGCCGUGCAGCUGCCAUCCGGACGAUAUACGCGACGAGAAGGUGAAGGUGCUCAAGUGCAUCCAGCCGCUGCAGCUGAGCGACAUGGUCCUCGGCCAGUAUGUGGGCAAUCCCAGCGGCAAGACGGAGGACGAGCGCACCGGCUAUCUGGACGAUCCGACGGUUAGCAAUACAUCGACAACGCCCACCUAUGCGAUGGCCGUCAUCAAGAUCAAUAACGAGCGCUGGCAGGAUGUGCCCUUCAUUUUGCGCUGCGGCAAGGCGCUGAACGAGCGCAAGGCCGAGGUGCGUAUCCAGUAUCAGGAUGUGCCCGGCGACAUCUUCGAGGGCAACUCCAAGCGCAACGAGCUGGUCAUACGCGUCCAGCCCGGCGAGGCGCUCUACUUCAAGAUGAUGACCAAGAGUCCGGGCAUCACGUUCGAUAUCGAGGAGACCGAACUGGAUCUGACCUACGAGCACCGCUACAAGAACUCCCAUCUGCCGGAUGCCUACGAGCGCCUCAUACUCGAUGUCUUUUGCGGCUCCCAAAUGCAUUUUGUUCGCUCCGAUGAGCUGCGCGAGGCGUGGCGCAUCUUUACGCCCAUUCUGCACAAGAUCGAGCGCGAGCAGACGCCAUCGAUUCCAUACCAGUACGGCUCCCGCGGCCCCAAGGAGGCCGAUCGCAAAUGCGAGCAGAACAACUUCAUCUAUUACGGAUCCUACAAAUGGCACGGCGCCAAUUCCAGCACAUCCAAUCUCUGAGUGCUCGCAUCCGACUUGGUCAUGGACUUACCUUACAUAACUAUAGUUUCAUAUAUUUUUUUAUAUAUAGAUUUCUUUAUAAAUAUGCCUUUUUUUU